AAAAGCUUUCAACUUGAACUUGCUCAAUUUUUGCCAUACACAUUUUCCCUCGAAGACAAGGUUUUUGUGUGUGUGUGCAUUUGCUCACAACCUGUUUGAUUAUAUGGGACUAGUGUGAAGACAAGGCUACAAUGUUGAUGAUGAAACUUGUUCUCAAGUGGGUUUCUUCUGUUUUUGUUGUCUUGCUUCUGUUCUUGUUGAAUGGAGCAUUUUCAGCAACAUCUUCUUCAUCAUACACUCCUCCUGAUAACUAUCUCAUUGCUUGUGGUUCCUCAAAAAACAUCACCUUCCAAGGCCGCACCUUUGUUCCUGAUUCACAGCAUUCUUCACUAGUGUUCAAAACUGGGGAUUCUCUUGUUUCUGCUAGUUCCAAUUCUAGUACUGCACCAUCCCCAAUUUACCAAUCAGCUAGGAUCUUCACUGAUACAGCUACAUAUAGGUUUGAGAUUGCGCAACAGGGUCGGCACUGGGUCCGGCUUUAUUUUUCGCCUGUCCGGAACUCCGGUCACGAUUUGAAUUCUGCUUCUGUGACAGUUGUUACUGAUAAUUUUGUUCUCUUGAGCAAUUUCACAUUUAGGAGCUACAAUGGUUCUUAUAUGUUUAGGGAAUAUGCUAUCAAUGUUACCUCUGAUACCUUGACUAUGACCUUUAUCCCUUCUAAUGGUUCAAUUGCCUUUGUCAAUGCAAUUGAAGUUGUGUCUAUGCCUGAUGAUUUGUUUGUUGAUCAGGCAUUGGCCCUUAACCCCUCGGCCCCAUUCAGCGGCCUCUCUGAACUCGCUUUCGAAACAGUUUACCGGGUGAACAUAGGAGGUCCCUUGAUUACUGCCCAAAAUGACACCCUUGGAAGGACUUGGGAGAAUGAUCUGAAGUACCUCCAUGUGAACAGCUCGGUCACUAAUGUGUCGGUUGAUCCUUCUAUCAUCAAGUAUCCGGCAGGCGUGACGCCUCAGACGGCUCCGAAUUGGGUCUAUGCCACAGCUGAAGCAAUGGGGGAUCCAAAUGUGCCCAAUUCCAAUUUCAACAUUACUUGGGUCUUCCCUGUGGAUCCAAGUUUCUCGUAUUUUAUCCGGGCACAUUUUUGUGAUAUUAUGAGUACUUCAUUGAACACUUUAGUGUUCAAUAUGUUCAUAAACUCUGACAUAGCUAUUGGAAGCCUUGAUCUCUCAUCCAUAACCAACGACUUGGAUGUGCCUUACUUUAAGGACUUCGUCUCCAAUGCUUCGGACUCUAACACUUUAACAGUAAGUGUUGGUCCUGAUACCAUGGCAGAUCUCACUAAUGCUACUAUGAAUGGAUUGGAGAUAAUGAAAAUCAGCAAUGCAUUGAGGAGUUUGGAUGGGCUUUCUUCAGUUGAGAGUCUCCUUCCUAGUUCACAAUCAAAGAAGAACAAGAUAGGAAUAAUAGUUGGUUGUGCUGUUGGAGCUUUAGCUGCCAUAAUAUUUGUUGGAUUAUGUUGUUAUUUCUGCUUGGUACAACGCAAAUCAAAGGAUACUCAACAAGGUGGUCAUCCAUGGCUGCCUUUGCCCUUGCAUGGAAACUCUCAGACCAUGACAAAAAUGUCAACACUGUCGCAAAAGAGUGGAACUGCAAGUUGCAUAUCUUUGGCUUCCUCAAAUCUUGGACGCUUCUUCACUUUCCAAGAAAUUCUAGACGCAACCAACAAAUUUGAUGAGAAGUUGCUUCUUGGUGUUGGUGGUUUUGGUAGAGUUUACAAGGGAACUCUUGAUGAUGGAACCAAUGUAGCUGUUAAGAGAGGCAAUCCUAGAUCUGAACAAGGUAUUGCUGAAUUCCGAACAGAAAUCGAAAUGUUAUCCAAGCUUCGCCACCGUCAUCUUGUGUCUCUCAUUGGUUAUUGCGAUGAGAGGUCAGAAAUGAUUCUUGUCUAUGAAUACAUGGCUAAUGGACCCCUCAGGAGCCACUUGUAUGGAACUGACCUGCCACCUCUGUCCUGGAAGCAGCGGCUCGAAAUCUGCAUUGGAGCAGCAAGAGGCCUCCAUUACCUCCACACAGGUGCAUCUCAAAGCAUAAUUCAUAGGGAUGUAAAGACAACAAACAUCCUCUUAGAUGAUAACUUCGUCGCCAAGGUUGCUGAUUUCGGCCUCUCCAAAACUGGUCCUGCUCUUGAUCAAACUCAUGUGAGCACUGCUGUCAAGGGCAGUUUCGGUUAUCUUGAUCCCGAAUAUUUCAGGAGACAACAGCUUACAGAGAAAUCAGAUGUCUAUUCUUUUGGAGUAGUUCUAAUGGAAGUGUUAUGCACAAGGCCGGCUUUGAACCCUGUCCUUCCAAGGGAGCAGGUUAAUAUAGCUGAAUGGGCAAUGACUUGGCAGAAAAAGGGUAUGCUUGAUCAAAUCAUGGAUCAAAAUCUAGUUGGAAAAGUCAACCCUGCUUCUCUUAAGAAGUUUGGGGAGACUGCUGAGAAAUGCUUGGCUGAGUAUGGUGUGGAUAGGCCAUCCAUGGGAGAUGUCUUGUGGAACCUUGAAUAUGCUUUGCAACUCCAGGAGACCUCGUCGGCACUUUCGGAGCCGGAAGAUAAUAGCACCAACCACAUUACCGGAAUCCAGUUGACUCGUCUUGAGCAAUUCGACAACAGUGUGAGUAUGAUGGAUGGGGGCAUUUCUGGCACCGAUGAUGAUGCUGAAGAUGCUGCGACAAGUGCAGUGUUCUCGCAAUUGGUAAAUCCUCGUGGAAGAUGAGUUCUUUCUUGUGUACCAUUUGUUCAAGCCUUGGACUAAAUUGAAAGUCCUGAUUGAUGAAUGAAAGUUGUUUCUCAUUUCAUUAUUGUUUUUGUAAUUCUUUUUCUUUUUUGCUCAUAACAUAAAGUUACCAUGUAAUAUAGUAUAGUUGUUCAGUUCUACAAUAAAAGUUAGAUUUGGUGAACCAUCUUACAUGCA